AUUGCUUUCUUACGUGAAAGUGAAAGCUAAAAAUUCAGAGGAAAGUCAAAGGACUUAUCAAUGGACUUGAAAAUGCUUUCAAGUAUAGUACCUACUUAUUGCAGAAUUAAGAGUUUCCUUGUUCGAGAUCGAGACAAGCAAUACGGCAAAUUCACUAUCACUAUAUUAACCUACUAUACUUUUCUCAACUUAGUGACUGACUAUAGCUUACACAUCUCUCCAAGAAUGCAAAAACGUUUUUCUCAACAGUCUCUGUCUGAAUAUGCUGGUAGGAACAUUCACAUUCUCAUUCUACAAUUAUUACAGCGUCUACUAUUGAAUUAUAGUCGUAUGGGAGAAAUAGUAUUUCUAUGCAGUCUUGUUUUUAUAAGUUUUAAUGAUUUAUGAUUCGAAUGGUGUAGUUUCUGAUGAAUCUCUUCCACAAGUGUCAGCCACGAGAAGGAUUUUGCUAUUGUUUGAAAAGUUCAAAUGAACCGAUUCCAUUUUAUGAUAAUCAUCACUGUCAGCUGCUCAUGGACAACAGGCAUGUCGAAACAGGUGAGAGACGACCACGAGACGGCGGCUGAUUCGUUGCCAGUUGCGCAUGCCCAGUUGGAUGAAAACAGAGGAGCCAUUCUGACGUCACUGCUGCUUGGUGCUCUGGCCGCUGCCAACCCUGCACUCACCAACACCCUGCUAAUCACCAACCCCUACCUGGCCGCCUACUUUGUGCCCCCUCUGGCAGGAGCCCCCCCGCCGGUCAGGGCCCCGUAUGCAGCCCCGCCAAUCUAUGGCUACACGGCCAUCAACCCCUUCCAGGACAGCUCUGCCUUCGGGUCCAGUUACAAGCGAGAGUUGAAACAGAAAUGACUUUUGGAAAUUCAAAAUUUGAAAAAUUUGUGAAGUUUUUUAAUCAAUUAAUAAACAUUUGGCAAUCAAGACCCAUUACUAGACUAUAAAUUGAAACAAUCAAGAUGUUUAGGGAUUGAGCAUGUUUUCUCUAUUCCAUAGAUGUAAAGUUUUAUUGAUAAAAUUAGUGAAGCACAGAUGACUUGAAGUUGCAAAUUUGAACAAUCAAUAAGUUAAGGGAUUGAGCCUAUUUUCUCUAUUUCAUAGUAGUAAAAUGUUAUCAAUGAAAUAAUUGGAAAAGAGAUAAUAAGUUGAAACAGACAGAUGACUUGAGAGUACCUAAUUCGAGCAAAAAAUAUAUUUAGGGCUAAAGCUGGUUUUCUCUGUCCUAUAUUUAAGAAUUUUCUGAAUAAACUUAUUGAAAUAGGAAUGAGUUGAAAGAGAGAUAACUUCAUGGAGAGUUAAAAAUUUUGAGCAAUAGCUCCAUGUUUGGAGCUAAAUACUGUUUAUUCUAUUGUCUCUUUUUCUUAUAUAGUUGUAAAACUUUUUCAAUGAA